UGUUUUUUCUUCAAUGGCCGGGGGUGCCCUGUUUUCUUCCCUCCUUUCACCCUAGCCAAUUCCGUAUGCCUCCUCUCUACAUAAAGUUCAUCUCUUUCGCUAUUCCCUUCAGUCCGACCCUCCAACGCUGUUAUUCCAUAGCCAUAUCAUCUCUACUGUGUUUAUCAGUUCACCUGAGAUAUUCUAUAAAGAUCGUUUCUUUUGGACAACGCAAUGCCAACCUGAUGAGGUCGCAUUGCUUUUCAUAGUGUCUUGAUUCUUGAGGCCUUUUAAUGGCGGAUAGCUUUGACGGGACGACCUCGACCCUUCUUUGUUCGGAGGACAGUAAUAACUGCUUUGCAGAUUUCGAGCAUAAUGCCUCCGAUGAGCCUGAAAUUUUCCGUUCUUUGAACCGCCAAAACUCUGGUUCUUACCGUCAUUGGGUGGGUUCGAACAUGGACUGGUUCGAAUCCGUACUGGGUUUUCCCUUACAGAGUGAAGAAACUCUGAGAUUAUUGGCUGAGAGGGAGAAAGUUUAUAUGCCCAAGGAUGAUUACCUUGUGAGAUUGCGGAGUGGGGACUUGGACUUGAGUGUGAGGAGAGAGGCUCUUGAUUGGAUUUGGAAGGUUCACACCUAUUAUGGUUUUGGGCCAUUGAGCUUUUGUCUAUCCAUCAACUAUUUUGAUCGGUUCCUAUCGAUGUAUGAUUUGCCUAGAAGCCAAAAAUGGACAGGUCAAUUGUUAGCCGUAGCUUGUUUGUCAAUAGCAACCAAAGUGGAGGAAACCAAAAUUCCUCAACUGAUAGAAUUUCAGGUUGAAGGACCAAAGUUUUUAUUUGAAGCCAGAACCAUCCAAAGAAUGGAGCUUUUGAUACUGAACACAUUGCAAUGGAAAAUGCAUGCUUUCACUCCUUGUUCCUUCAUAGACUACUUCUUCCGUAAAAUGGCUUACCACCAACAUACAGACUCAUUAAAGUCAUCCAUUUCUAGAUCAAUACAGCUCAUACUUGGUACAAUAAGAGGUGUUGAUUUCUUGGAAUUCAGGCCUUCUGAGAUUGCUGCUGCAGUGGCCAUUUCUGUUUCAAGAGAACUGCAAGCAACGGAGAUUGACAAGGCUAUGACUUGUUUUGUGAUUGUACAAAAGGAGAGAGUUCUGAAGUGUGUUGAACUGAUCAGAGAUUUGUGUUUGGUUAGUGUUUCUGCUGCUAAUUUAGGGAGGAACUCGGGGCCAUUUUUACCUCAAAGUCCCAUGGGGGUGUUGGAUGCUGCAAGCUUGAGCUACAAGAGUGAGGAACUAACAGAUGGAUCAUGUCCAAAUUCUUCACAUGAUAGUCCAAAUACUAGGAGGAACGAAUCAGGCAAACCUGAAGACACUUCCAAGUCAUGAAAUGUGAACUUUUUCUCCUUCACCAAAGUUCUAUCAGUUUGGUUGAAUGGGAAUUUGGUGUGGCCUUGGAGGUUCCUUUCAGUUGGAGAGAGUGUGUGUGUUGGAUGAAUAAAAGAUUUAAAAGAAAAUUAGAAUUAAGAGGUCUCAUGCUUCUAGCAUUGGCAAGAGAGGUUGAUAGGCUGUUUAUAAUCGGAUUUCAGAAACAGCUGCAAAUUCUUAGAGGAAAUUUUGAUCAAAACCAAUUUGUUCUUGAGGCAUAGAAGGUCAAGUAUGAGUAUGCAUUCUGAGAUAAAAGUUGUAAUUUUUUUUAUUCAUUUUCUCUGUUGUACUCAAAAGAGAGAAUAUAUAGAGGGAAAUUCUUUUAGUUUCUA